GGCUCAAGCCACGUUCAGUUUCGUUGGCUGCCGUGACCGCCCCCCCCCCCCCCCCUGAGAGGGUCGGCUUGUGGGCAUGGCAUCUACGCUUGAUCAGUCCUUGGCUUUGUUGGCGCUGGAGAAUGGGUGCACCGAGAUCUCGUUGGAUGAGUCGAGUGCGUUUGCUGGAGUGUGGGUGUUCUCAAUCAUGACUGCCAUUAUGCUCUUCCUGGUGACCUCUUUCCCAUACUGCAUGUGCACCCAGGAGACGAGGAAGGACGCCCGCGGUGACGCAGAAUCGGCGGCAGAUCCGCAAGCAACCAAGCAAACAGGGGCCAUCGAUGCCAUUGCAGAAGCUAAACUCGAUCCGACGCCAAACCUGAAAGCAGCCAGGCUCCACAUGUGGAGGUCCAGCGCAACCGACGCCGAAAUGGGAGAACUCAAGUGGCGCUCGGUGUGGUCCACUCCUAUUCACGAGUUGACCAAGUGCGGUGGCGGGAUCGGAACUGAGCUCUACUUCCGGCUGUUGAGGAGUCUCGGUUUCUGUUUUUGUUUCAUGGCAGCGAUAACAGCACCGUUAGUUGCUUUUAACACGCAAGGUAAUUUCGCACCAGAUUCUGGCAACGACCUCGUCAAGACCACAGUUGGCAACAUCGGCACAGUGUUUGUCAACAGCACAUUGGUGCCAUCGCAGCGCUACGUGAUUGUGAAAUGUCAGGCGAUCGCAGUCUCUGCGCUUACCCAAUAUUUUGGCGCUCUAGAUGUGGUGGCCACUGGAUUGUUCUUGGCAUUCAUGUGCUAUGUACGUUUCUGGCAAAUACCCACGUGCGAGAGCGAAGACAACGAGAAGAACACAACGCCACAGGACUUCACUGUGCGUGUAGAUUACCUCCCCCGGAAAUUGAGCGAAGGUCACGCAGAUUACGAGAAGACAUUGGAAACGUUCAUACAGGAGCGCGUGCAGGAUGCUCGCAAAAAGCGUGAUGGGUCGGCACCUGUGAAGGUACAUGAGGUGACCUUGGUGCGAGAUUAUGACCAGAAGUUUUCCGCAGUCUUGAAGUACUCGAAGCUGAAAGAGCAACGCGAGAUUGCAGAAUUUAAGAAGGAUGCAAAGACUGUGGAGAAGCUUACGCCAAAAAUAGGAAAGCUCCAAGAAAAGUUGUCGGCUGAAUUGAAGGUAGAGGACCUCGCUGUCAUCCGCGCUUACGUGAUUUUGGAUACUGAGCAGGACGUGGAGGACUUGUUGAACAGCUACCGAAUGUGGAAUUUCGCCUUAUUGCGAUGCUGUCAGGGCAGAAGGAAGUUCAAAGGCAAGGGCAUCAAGAUUCAGCGUGCUGCGGAACCUACCGACAUCCUUUGGCAAAACCAGGAUUUGGAGUGGUAUUGGAGGCUCUUGCGAAAGUGCUUGAGCUUUCUUUUCGUCUUCAUUCUAAUCGCAAUCUCUUUGUCUGUCAUCUACGGCCUUGGUCAGCUUGCCAGGCAGGAGAGUAAUACCAUAAUUCCCGCGCUUGGGUUCGAAAAUUGCGACGCUCACUCGGGCGAUUUAUCAGAUGAUCCAGUCUGUAAUGCAGUAGACGCCCUCCAGUGGACUCUUGACGAGGCGAAGGCGAUGGGUGGCUCAGAUCUGGAAUGUUGGUGCGCUUCUCAGGGUGUCGCCAGCAUCUUGCAGGACAGCAGCCUUCAAGAUGCUUGCUCCGCUUGGAUAGAGGACACUGGCCGGGCCAGUGGCAUCAUUGGAAUGUCUUCCUUGUCUGUGGUAGUGAUCAACGUACUCGUUGAGAUGGUCCUGAUCGCGAUGGCCGCGUUUGAAAGCCCCUUGUCGAUGUCGUCGCUGAGGUUGUCCAUGAUGGUUAAGGUUGCUGCGGCCCAGACGCUCAACACGUCUUUGAUCGUCACGAUGCUGGAUUGGAACGCGCCGAAGUGGAUUCAGGACUUGUCUUUGAUCAUUCCAGUUGGGGGGCAGCUGCUCUUCAGGGGCAAGUUCGGCGAUACAGUUCGUGGUUGGUACUCUGUUGUCGGAGCCAGCAUACUGUUGAACAUGGUAUCCAGUUUGCCUCCCGGCAGGUCGCCACCAUCCAUUUUGUCUACGAUCUGUCGUGCUCGUUCAGCACCCCCUCUGCUCCCCCCCCUAAAGCUCGGGAGGGACCGCUCGUGCUCCUUGGCCUCCCGCUUUUUUUCACGGGAGGUCGGCGGGCUGAACGCGUGGGUCCCCAACAUAGCCAAGAUUGGCAAAAUGGUACUCGCGGCUCUCAGGCGUAAGUUCUGCGGGCGCCGAGCCACACAUCAGCUGGAGCUGUUGGAGCUCUACACGCCCCGCGAGUUCGAGAUCAGCACGAACUUCGCCAAGAUGUUGGUCACGGUGUAUUGCUGCAUGAUCUAUUCCUCGGGGAUGCCCGUCUUGUACCUGAUCGGAGCGAUGUACAUGUUUGUCACCUACUGGACUGACAAGGUGGUCCUCCUCUGGGGCUGCAAGCGCCCUCCGUCCUACAACACCAAGAUGGCCAAAACGACAGCCAGCCUGAUGCUGUACGCCUGUUUCCUGCACUGUUUGGCUGCCGUGAUCAUGCUUGGGCAGCCUUGCGUAUUCCCCUCCGAGCCAGUGGGGGGCUCGAUGGCAGGUGUGAUUGAAGAUCAGGCGUCAGGGGAAGAACAGAGUACUGUCGAGAUUGCUUUUCAGCAGAUUGGUAAGGAGUCUACUUGGCUGCAUUUUGUGAUGAUGGCUGUUCUAGGAUCCUUGUGGUUGCUUUGGCUGGUCACCUGGCUCUUCGCCAGCUCUCUCGGCCCUAUAGUGAAGUGCAUACACAAAUGCCUUUGCAGAGGUAGGAAGGUCGGUCCAGACCAAGUCGCCAUCACGUGGGAGUCAGUGAGAGAUAGCAUUGAGAAAAGGAUGCCACCGGCAUCUUACAAAAUGAGGAGGAACCCUGAUUUCGCCAGAUUUGCGACAGCCUUCGACGGUACCGACGAGGGUGCGAGUGCCGGGGCGAGCGCCGAAGAAUGUGAGGUGGGAAGUGGACGGACCGUUUCAUAAUCGUUCAGGUCUCGCCAGUGUUUCUGCACGGCACAUACGCCCAGCAUUUCCAGCUGGUUUUAGCUGGCACUGUGGAAGCGCCAGCUUGUCUGAAGGAGGGCUGGAGAAGCGGAGGCUUCGAUGGUGGCCCGGACACACACCGGCAAGAUUAGCCCGCUCUGGUGGAGUGAGCCACAGGGUGCCGCAUGGGGGCUCCGCUUCUGCCCCCUGGUCUCGUGCCUUCGCGUCGCGCCAUGCUGUGCACUGAAGCUGUUGCUGUGAAUUACCCGAGGCUGCGUGAUGCUUCUGCAGUGCGUGUGUCCUGUGAAUCGCGCGGACUCUUCCUGGCCAGACGAUCACGUUGCUUUGGUUUCCUUGCCCUUGUUUCAAACCUGUGGGAGCUCGCAGAGAUGGGCUCGCUGCCGAUUGUUGUCAGAACAAGCUCGGGGAGGGGCAGGAGAGGAGACGAAGAGAGAGGGCGAGAGACGGUCAGCCUUUCUCCCUGCCUGUCUCAUGCCCCUCAACCUGCCCGCUCCCAGCUGAAACCCCAUUCUCUCGUGGCGUCUCUUUCCCAUCUCGUCCUCCCGCG